UCCAUUUUAUUCUAAGUAGAUCAUCACUUAUUUGAUAUAUUAGAUUUUAUAUAAUGUUGUUUUGUUAGCUAAGUGGAGAUUGAAUAAAGUAGACGUGCUCAAGGUUUCGUAGCCGUUGGUUAUUGUUCGGAACCGUUGGUUCCGGUUUCGGAAAAUCUCAAACCGACUCAGUGUUCUAAAAUUGACGUUUCGGUUUCAUUUAAAUCUCACGGUUCCAGUUCAGAACCAUAACCGCUGGUUAUAGUUUUGUUGUUAAUCAUAUGAAUCGUGAAUCGUAAACCUUGGGCAUCUCUAGAAUAAAGUAAGAGAUACAGUUGAGAAAAACUCUUUCUUGUUACACAUCAGAGUUGGCCAACUGUGGAAGUCAGGAGGAAAUAUAUGUUGAUUUCUAAAGAUAGAAAGGUGAAUUCUAAAUCGAACCCAUAAUACAAAACUAAGCGUGUUGUGUUGUUAUGUUCAAUGUAUAUCUAUGUUAUUUUCUUUUCUUGGUAUAUAAAUAUUUAAUAGUAUUUGCGUGCGUUCAAGAGUAUUUGUCGGACUAUUCAUAAUUCCCUGAUUUUUCUUCUUGUCAUAAUUUUCUGUUUGAACCUUUUUUCGGCUUCUUCAUUAUUCCCUAGCAUCACCCUUUUCCGAUUCCUCUAAGAAAUUGCAGACCAAAAUCGGACAAAAGAGCCAUUCAUCGAUGUUUUCGAAAUCCAUCGUUGUAGAAUGAAUGGUUGAAUGAAAAAAAAUGUUGACAAUUUUUUGGUUUGAUUGGAAUGCACAAUGAUGGUGUGAAGGGAAAGAUAGCAGAUGAGGGAGGUGGUGAUGGAGGUGGAGAGUUUAAAGAAAAUGGAGGAAAGCAAGGCCAAGGAGAGAAAGCUGGCGAAUUUGGAGGCGGAGGUGGGCCGGAUGAGGCAGGCCGAGGCGGAUAAGGACGCGUCUCUGGGGAGGCUGAUGCGCGACGCGAGGGAGCGAGAGAAAAGGAUCCAAGAGUUGGAGGGAGAGCUUGAGCGGAAGAGCAAGUCCGAGGCCAGCAUGGCCAGGCACCUCGACUCUGCCAUGUUCGAGCUCGAGGAGUCCAAGAUCGAGAUCGCCUCCUUGCACGAGAAGAUGGACGGGCUCGAGGAUUUAUGCAACCAGAUAAGCAAAGAGACGAAAGGGGGCGAGGAUGCUCGGAUCCUAAAGGCGAAGCUGGCCAAGGCGCAGGAGGCCGAGAAGAGGGCGUUGAAGAAGGCCGAGCACUUGGCCGAGGAGAUGGAGGCGGUGAAGGCGGAGUGGAAGUUUGCGAUGGAGGGGGAAGACAAGAGCUCGAAAGCGAUGGAGGAUUUAGCAUUGGCGUUGAAGGAGGUCGCCACGGAGUCGAAUCAAGUUAAAAUGGAGCUGGGUUUGAAGGAGGAGGAGGUGGAGAGGAUCAAGGUUGAGUUGCAUCAAGCUAAACAAGAGGUAGAGGUGCACCAAAAGAACGAGGAUAGGCUGAGGGCGGAGACGGAGGAGACGCUCUUCGCUUGGAACGCAAAGGAAAUCGGGUUCGUGAACUGCAUCAAGCGGGCCGAGGAGGAGCGCGCGCUGGCGCAGAUCGAGAACCACAAGCUAUCCGAGUCGCUCAAGGCGGCCGAGAACAUGACCCGGUCCGCGCGCGAGGAGACGUACAAGCUGCGGGACAUACUCAAGCAGGCCAUCAAUGAGUCGAACGCAGCCAAGGCAGCAGCCGGGAUCGCGAGAGACGAGAACUCGUUGCUCAAAGACUGCCUGGCCGAGAAGGAGGAGGCGCUGCACUUCAUCACGAGGGAGAACGAGCGCCUCCGGAUAAGCGAGGCGGCCGCGCAGGAGCACGUGAAGCAGCUCAAGCGGAUGCUGACGAUGGCCUCGGCAGAGGUGAAGACGGACGACAAGGAGGAGAUGGGCAUCGUGAUGUACAACGACGACGACGACCACCAGAGCAUGAAGGACGCUAGGGAGUUCAGCUUCGAUAUCGAUGACUUGAGCUUCUUGAACGAGCCCGAGGAUCCCAAGAAGACAGAGGCGCUCAAGGGCUCCAUCUUCGAUACGAACGCCGAGACUCCCAAGGCGGCCGAGCCAGCCAAGGGUACCUUCUUUAGGCUAAAGUUUUUGUCUUCGGAUGACAACGAGGCAGGGCAUAAGGCCGGGGAGGCUGAGGAGGAGGCCGAGGGGGAUAAACAAGGCCACAGACGGUCGAAAACCAUGUUCCAACGAGUUGGGGGGCUUCUUACUAUAAGAAAGAGUUUCCAAAGGAAGGAUCCAUCGAUUGAACAGAAGGCCACUCCUACCCAAACACAGCCUUAGCCAUGUUUGAGGGUUGUGACACAAAUUAAACUAGUGCUAGUUUUGUAUUUAUUCAUCAUAUGUUGUAAACUCGAAACGAGAUUUAUUCCUUCAUCAUUGUUCAUGUGCUAGGAGUAUGAUAUAU